UGAAAUCUUUCAGACUGUAUCACUUACUUUACUAUUGACCUUGUCUGUUAAUGGAAAUUUCCUGUUAGUUGCUGAAAAUCGAUAUCCUUGGAACUUUCUGCACGUACAAUGUGAAAACUUAAUCGGUGGAAAUUAGAAUUUCAAAAUAAAAUCUUCACUUGAAUUCUGCGACGGCUAUAUAAGCUAUUGCAUGGAAGCGCUUAGGCUGUAAGAGAUAAUCCAAGUGGUGGUUCAAUCUCUUGCAGCAAGCAGCAUCACAGAUCAGGAUGCCCUGCUCCAAUUCAGGUACUCCAUUACUUAUGAUCCUUUUCAAUCAUUAGCUAAUUGGAAUUCUAGUAUCUCCUUCUGCAAUUGGACUGGUGUUACAUGCAAUUUGAGCAAUGAAAGAGUUAUUGAACUCAACCUCACUGGUAUGGGAUUAAGGGGUACAAUAUCUCCUUUCAUUGGGAAUUUGUCUUUUCUUUCUAUGCUUAUUCUCCCAAAUAAUAGUCUGCAUGGCCAAAUUCCACAAGAGCUUGGUGGUCUUAUUGGGUUGCUGGAUUUGUCCCUGAAUAAUAAUCAGUUAGAGGGUCCCAUUCCUCAUGGGUUAGGUUUGCUCACAAAUUUACUGGUUCUUAACUUAGGACAGAACAAUAUAACGGGUGUUAUUCCUUCCUCUUUGGGCAACCUCUCAUACUUGACUGCCUUAGCUUUGAGUAAUAAUGAACUAGAAGGCUCAAUCCCUAGGGAACUCGGUAUGCUUACUCAGUUGAUUGACCUGGAUCUGGGAUACAAUGGACUAGAGGACUCAAUUCCUAUGGAACUCGGUAUGCUCUCUAAGUUGAAAGUAUUAAGUCUUCACGUUAAUAGAUUGUCAGGCACCAUUCCCUCUACUCUGGGUAACCUUUCAGCUAUAGUUUCCCUGAGUUUGACUUAUAAUAAACUCCAAGGCUCAAUCCCUAGUGAACUGGGUAUGCUCUCUCGGCUAAAUUUAUUGGAUAUUAAUGAUAACCUAUUGUCAGGCAUCAUUCCUCCUUCUCUAGGGAACAUCUCAUCUUUGGUCUACCUUGGAAUUUCUUCAAAUAAUCUCACCGGUGCCAUUCCAUAUGAACUGGGCCAGCUAAUACAUCUGCAAACCCUCUCUCUUUCUCAAAACCAACUUACCGGAGAGAUACCUCCUUUCUUUUCAAAUUGUUCUUCUCUUCUGCAUUUGAUUCUGAAUGAAAAUAAGUUAUCAGGGCAGAUUCCAUCAUUUUUAGGUGCAAAACUCGUCCUCCUAGAAUACCUUCUUCUUUUUAUAAACAAUUUCACAGGAGAAAUACCUCCCUCCCUCUCAAAUUGUUCUUCUUUACAGUAUUUAUAUUUAGAGCAGAAUAAUUUGUCAGGACAUAUUCCAUCAUUCAGUUGGGAUAGACUUAUCCAUCUUCAAUCUCUCUCUUUCGCUACGAACAGUCUCACUGGUGAAAUACCUCCAUCCAUCUCUAACUGUUCCUCUCUUCAAAUUUUAAGUUUAAGUGAGAACAGAUUAUCAGGACAGAUUCCAUCAGAUUACGGGGCCAAACUCCACUAUCUAGAAUUACUCUCCCUUUAUACAAACCAACUUACAGGAACAAUACCACCUUCCCUCUCGAACUGUUCUGCUCUCAGUCUAUUAGCAUUAUAUGGUAACCAAUUAUCAGGACACAUUCCACCAGUGCUUUGUCAGCAACUUACCAAUCUAAGAAUCCUAAAUCUAUGGGGAAAUAAGCUUAGUGGAAGCAUACCAAAUUCCAUUGGAAAUUGUUCCAAACUAGAAUUGCUUCAUCUACAAGUCAAUCAGCUGAGCGGAAUAGUGCCCAAAGAGGUAGGCAAUUUGUAUCUGCUUCAAAGAAUUGGUUUAUUUUCCAACCACCUUGUUAGUGAGACCAGUAGCCCCUGGGCAUUUCUUACAGCUCUUGGAAAUUGCUCCAACCUAGAUAGCAUACUUUUGUCGAAUAAUCAGUUUACCGGUGCUUUACCUCCCUCCAUAGGUAACCUUUCUUCCAACCUCUCUUGGCUUGAUAUAUCAUCCAACAACAUAAGUGGAAGCAUACCUCCUCAAAUUGUAAAUCUCUCCAACCUGAACUACUUAGAUUUAAGUUAUAAUAUGCUAAAUGGGUUCAUUCCACCUGGAUUUAGAGCCUUUCAAAAUUUGGAACGACUAUAUUUGGGAAGCAACAGAUUAGAAGGAACCAUUCCAAGUGAGAUAGGUCAACUCCAAAGACUUGGACUUUUGUCUCUUAGUCACAACAAUCUAUCCGGAAAAAUUCCUGAUUCCCUUGGCAGCCUCAAAGCCCUUAGAAGACUUUUUCUUCAUGACAACAAAUUAUCAGGAUUGAUACCUCUGAGUUUAAGAGGAUGUAAGAAUCUGGAGCUGCUAGACUUGUCUUCCAAUGAACUGAGUGGUAUUAUACCUGGAGAAGUUCUUACCAGUCUUAAAAAUCUUCAGUUCUAUUUAGAUCUCUCAUGGAAUGCAUUAGAAGGGUCCUUGCCCCCAGAGAUUGGCAAUAUUGCAAUGGUUCAAUCUAUAAACAUUUCAGGCAAUAAAUUGCAUGGUGGCAUUCCAGAGGCGCUCGGAAGUUGCCUAGGAUUGAUAACCUUGAAUCUAUCAAACAAUGCCUUACAAGGUACAAUUCCCGAAGCAUUCAGCAAUUUGAGAUAUCUCAUGGACCUGGAUCUUUCCUCCAAUUCUUUAAUUGGCCAGAUUCCAAAAUCUCUGAAGAAACUUGAAUAUCUUCGCUAUCUGAAUUUAUCUUUCAACAGACUCACCGGAGAAGUUCCAGAAGGAGGGGUUUCUGCUAAUGCCACUGCUAUUGUUUCACUUAUUGGAAAUGCUGGCCUUUGUGGACCGCAGAUAUUCUUGUUGCCUGAAUGCCCAAAUCAGAAAAGUCAUUCACACAAAGAAACAGUGAUAGUGGCAGUUUCUAGUGCCAGUGCUGUUGUGGUAUUCUGCUUAGUUUUAGGUUUCUUGUGGAGAUGCAUCUCGCCACAUGAUGAUCACCCUAGAGAUAUUAUGCAGAUGGAACACCUGAAAAUUUCUUAUGAAGAUCUCUUCAGUGCAACUGAUGGAUUUAAUGAGAGCAAGCUGGUUGGAGUCGGCAGCUUUGGAUCAGUCUACAGGGGAGAUCUGAAAGAUGGUAGACUAGUUGCUGUGAAGGUUCUUAAUUUGAAUGAUGAAGAAGCUCAUAAGAGUUUCGAUGCCGAAUGUAAGGUGUUAAGAGAGGUUCGACACCGCAAUCUCACCAGGAUCUUAACUUCAUGUUCAAUCCCCGGCUUCAAAGCUUUAGUUUUUGAAUUUAUGUCAAAUGGAAGCUUGGAGACGAAUUUGUAUCCGGAACAGGGUGAUUGUGAAUUGGGCUUAAAAAGACGAAUAGACAUUGCCAUUGACAUAGCAAAUGCCAUGGAAUAUCUGCAUGACAAUUCUUCUGUCGAGGUGGUCCACUGUGAUUUAAAACCUGAGAACGUCCUAUUAGACAAAGACCUGACAGGCCAUGUAACAGAUUUUGGAAUUGCUAGGUUAACUUCAGGUACACAAUCUGUGGACUCUCUUACUUCAACACUUUCUAUCAAAGGGUCAGUGGGCUACAUUGCCCCAGAGUAUGGACUAGGAGGGAGUGUAACUAUAGAGGGAGAUGUCUACAGUUAUGGCAUUUUGCGGCUAGAAAUGCUGACAAGAAAGAGACCAACAGAAGACAUGUUUGUAGAAGGUCUUAACUUACACAACUGGGUAAACUCAGCCUUUCCUAACAACCUGGAAGAUAUUCUUGACAGAAGCUUAGAACAGGAUAUUGUUGGCAUUAAAGACGACAUGAAAGAAGUAAAAGACUUGUGCAAGCGGUGUUACACCUCCUUGUUUGGUAUCGGUUUAGCUUGCUCAAAAGAUUUAGCACAAGAAAGGCCAACCAUGAAAGAUGUUGUGAGGGUUUUGGAGAGUAUCAGAAAGAGUUUAACAGGAGCCGAUGAAUGUUCAGUCAAAUAAUGGCCAACUAUAUCUGAUCUGGUGGCCAAUCCUCUAGAAGGAGCAAGGAAAGCUCAUAGAAAUAAUUCUUCUACCAGUGAAUGUUCUUCUUCAGAUUAAUUUCUGGGUAAAACAUCAACAGAAUCCUUUGGAAAGCAGUAUGAAUUAAAAUCUCUCAUGUAUAUUUUAUAUAAGAGGAACGACGAUGCUAUUGUUAGCUCUAAAUAUUAGGUCUGUAGCUCUUUUCUUGUGUCAUCUUUGUUCCGUUCUGUUCGGCUUCUUUAGAAAUAAUGAAGCUGGAAUGUAAUCAAUCACUAUUCAAAGUU